CGAAGAAGAAGAAUUAGACCCAGAAGCAGCAGUAGAAGAGACGAAACGACAUUUAAAAAAAACAAGAAGAAGAAGAAGAAGAAGAAGAAGAAGAAGAAGAAGAAGAAGAAGAAGAUGGAGAAAUAUGACAGCCCUUAAAAGAUUGGGAUUAAAUAAUGUACCAGUCAAGAUGGGGCAGACCCUGUGUAUAUGCUCCCGUGGCUCCAUCACCAUUGAUAACAAGAAAUAUUACUUUGUCCAGAAACUAGAUGAAGGGGGCUUCAGUUAUGUUGACCUGGUCGAGGGGGCAAAGGACGGGCGAUUCUACGCCUUGAAGAGGAUUCUGUGCCAUGACCGUGAAGGCCGUCAGGAGGCUCAGACGGAGGUGGAGAUGCAUCAGAUUUGUAAUCACUCCAACGUCUUGAGCCUGGUUGCACACACCUUUGUAGAUCGUGGAGGCAAGACUGAAGCCUGGUUGCUUCUGCCUUAUGUUCGGAAAGGUAGCCUGUGGUCUGUUCUUGAGAAACUAAGAGACAAGGGAAGCUCAAUGCCUGAAAAACAGAUUUUGCAAAUAUUGCGUGGCAUCUGCUCUGGACUCAAGGCCAUUCAUGAAAAAGGCUAUGCACACAGAGACCUGAAACCCACAAAUGUGCUUCUGGAUGAGGAUGACAGGCCAGUUCUGAUGGACCUGGGCUCUAUGAACCGUGCCAGGAUUGAGGUUCGAGGGAGCAGAGAAGCCAUGACCAUCCAGGACUGGGCCGCCCAGCGCUGCACCAUCUCCUACCGGGCUCCUGAACUCUUCAAUGUGGAGAGCCACUGCAUUAUAGACGAGCGCACUGAUAUCUGGUCCCUGGGCUGUGUGCUGUACUGCAUGAUGAUGCUGGAGGGCCCGUACGACAUGGUGUUUCAGAAGGGGGACAGCGUUGCUCUGGCGGUCCAGAAUCCAGUGACUAUCCCUCAGUCCUGCAGGUACUCGGAGGGCCUGCAGAUGCUGCUGAGCUCCAUCAUGGUGUCAAAUCCCCAGGAGAGACCAAACAUCAGCUGGGUUCUGGACCAGGUUCAGGACCUGCAGAGUCGCAGCCCCAACACCCAAACCAACAUGGUCUGAUGCUGCUCCGUGAACUAGAUGUGGGGCCUUGGAAACCUUUGCACACAUAAAUGAACGUCUAUUCAUUUUAAGCUUGAAAAUCUUUCUUUUAUUUAUUGACUUUAGUGUUAACGCUGAGGUGCAGACUUUCACUCGGCUAGGGGAGCUUGGCAACAGAAUCAGCUUUUAGUUUCAAUGAUCCGAUCCCGCCUGAGCUUUACUCUAGUAGACUUACAUGUACCAAAUGAUAUGACACAUCUGAAAGGCCUUAAAUGUAUUUUGACCAUGCAAUAUAAUGCUUUUGGCUCGGGUCAUCCGUUGCUUUACCUUGUAGACUUAAAGGAUAGUUUACAUACUUUCUCUGAGAGUUGCUGGGGAAGAUGCUGCAGGUGUGAAGAUACGGAGGCAGCAGCCUGUUAGCUUAGCUUCAUGAAGACUAGAAAUAUAUUAUUAUUAUAUAUUAUUAUAUCCAUAAUAAACCAAGCUAAUGUGUUAAUAACUCAGCUUUAGAGCUUCUGUUAGGCAGAUUUUGUGUAGGGAUCAAAAUUGAUAGUUUUAUUGAUACCAACGCUGUUAUCAUUUCUGCUCAUCAGUCUUAUUAUUUAUUGAUAACCUUAUUGGAUUCUGAUUUAAAACUUUCUGUGUGUGGAUGCUUUCAGCAUCAACAUAACUGUUUUACUCUCUCUGAGUGUGAACAGAGUGUAGAUAAUAUAUAAAUAUAAUUGUAUUGACAACACAAGCAGCCGUUGUCAUCUUUCCUAACGAGGUGAAGCCGUUUCCUUCUCUCCUUCCCUCCGUAUUGUUCAGUUUAGACACACAGAAAAAAAACAUGCUGGCAUCGAAAAAAGGGAAUUGAUAAUUGAUGGAUCGGACAUUUUAGAACAUUUUUUUAGCUGUUCCAUAUUGUUUCCAGUCUUAAUUCUGAGCUCGGCUAACUGGCUGCUGGUUGUUAGUCUGAUGAAAAAGUGUAUUUCUAAAGAUUAUUUUAAAACAGGAAAACAUUUUUGUCUUAAAAUUGUAGUUUUAGUAAGAAAAAGAACAACAUAAAAAGCUUUGCCAAACUUUCCGGUGGAUGAAAGCUACCUGAGUCUAAUACAUAUCAGAUUUCAUUCCCUGUCAACAACAAGUAUAGUCUAGUUCCCUUUAUUUUUUUUCUUUAUCUUGAUUCCAGAUUUUUGUGAGUGUCUUGUAGUUACAUGUGUGUGCUGUAAACCUCAAUAUAUAACUUCUCCUUCAGCUUUUCUCUGUUUGUCUCUCACCUGCAAUGCUGCAUUUAAACACACAGAGGUGCUGCUCCAUCACAGUCCAGUCUGGAGAAAGAGGGUCUACUUUACUGUCAAACACAUCAAGAACUACUUGUUUUAAUGAAUUACUAAGUUUAACCUUUACUUUUCACUGUAUUGUGCUUUUAAACUUUAUUUUCCAUUCCAGCUCUGCUCGUGUUACAUUCUGGGUUUCCUCUCAUGUGAAUGUGGUCUCACACUUUAGUUCUCUCAGGGUUCACCCUCAUCUCAAAGGGUCUCACAGACUUAAACGGUACCUUUUAAAACAAACUAGAUACAAAAACACUUUGGGCAUUUCAAGUGAAAAUGAUUGCUUUUGUGAGUGUAAUGACUGAUAUAAUAAGUAAUAAUAAGUGAUAUUGAAAACAUCCUCAUGGUUAACUUAUACAGUUGAAUGUUGGAAUGACAAUUGGCAAAUUGUUUAUUUUUUUCCAACACAAAGUUCAUAAAUGUCAGAAGAUGAUGAUUGUUUGUGUUGCUGUUAAUGGGAAGAUAAUUCUGGCAUCUGGUGGAUUGAGAUUUUUUUAAAUGUGCUGAUGGAGAUAUUAAUGAGUAAGAGUGUGUUAUUUGAUUAUGGGACAUUCUGUUUAAAUUCUGUUUAAUCUCUUAUUCACUGCACAGUAAAUGACAAAUAAACAUUAAAUAUGUAGCACUCUGUACACAGUUUUUAAUAUAAAUGUGAAAUAAAACCGCAUCCUACAUUAAAGUAAGAAAGAAAAGUAUGUGAAUCAAUUCUCAGUAACCUGAACGACUACAUCAGCAUGAUGCACACAAUGUGGCCAAAAAUAAAGCCUAUGGGUUCAUUCGUUUUAAGAA